AUGACCGAACUGAAAUCCACUAUAUCCGAAGAAAAUACGUUGGCUUCUAAGGGAUAUAAACUAAUAAAAUUUUUAGGAGAGGGUGCUUAUGCUAAGGUUUAUUUAACUGAAUACUCAAGGGAUGAAAAUAAAAAAUCAACACUUGCUUGUAAAGUGAUUGAAACUGCUAAAGCUCCAAAAGAUUUUGUCGUCAAGUUUUUGCCGCGAGAAAUAGAUGUCCUCAUAAGACUGAAUCACCCUCAUCUAAUUCACGUACACAGCAUUUUUCAAAGGAAAACAAAAUAUUACAUUUUCAUGAGAUAUACAGAAAAUGGAGAUCUUUUGGGAUACGUUUUAAAAAACGGAUGCGUUUCAGAGAACCAGUCACGAGUCUGGUUGCGUCAGUUAGCUUUAGGUUUACAAUACCUACACGAAUUGGAAAUUACCCACAGAGACAUUAAAUCCGAGAAUGUACUUUUAACAGCUAAUUUUAACGUUAAGCUUUCGGAUUUCGGAUUUUCGAGGUUUUGUAUUGACGACGACGAUCAACCCAUUUUAAGCGAAACCUAUUGUGGAUCCAUGUCAUAUGCAGCGCCGGAGAUAUUACGGGGCAAACCAUAUUUACCGAAGCCAACGGAUUUGUGGUCAUUGGGAGUUGUUCUGUUUGUUAUGUUGAAUAAGUCAAUGCCAUUUGAUGAUACUCGCAUGAAAAAGUUAUAUGAGCAGCAGAUGGGCAAAAAGUAUAGGUUUAGAUCGCGUGUGGCGAGCGUUCUAUCUUUGGAGUGUAAAUCAGUUGUUAAACAUCUUCUAGAACCUGAUCCUGGACUCCGCUACACUUCGAAUCAAGUAAUUAAGUCCGAAUGGAUUGCUAUGGACAGUAGGCUUACUACGUUAAAUGCUAUCGAAGAAGCUGCUUUAAACCGAGCUAAAGAAGAACGUAGAAGAUUGACAGAGUCACAUAAAAAUCUAGCGAAACGACAGGGUGAUAUUUGGGAGAGAACUCAUAGAGAUUCUUCGUAUAGAAUCUUGGAAAAUGACUUAAAACUCACUGGCUCUGAACAGUUGACAUUGGCAAUUCGUGGUUAUAAAAUUAUAAAGAAAAUUAAUGAAGGAUCCUAUGCAAAGGUUUACCUCUCGGAGUACAGAAAUCCAAAGAAAAACGAUAGACUCGUAAUUUUAGCCUGCAAAGUAAUUGAUACAAAUACCGCCCCAAAAGAUUUUGUCAAGAAGUUUCUACCAAGAGAAAUUGAUAUGUUGAUAAAACUAAACCAUCCGCAUUUAGUGCACACACAUAGUAUAUUUCAGAGAAGAUACAAAUAUUUCAUUUUUUUGAGAUAUAUGGAAAACGGAGACUUGUUAGAGUAUAUACUGCAAAAUGGCGCAGUACAAGAGGACCAAGCUAGGAUUUGGACUAGACAAUUAUCGCUUGCGAUCCAGUACAUGCACGAGUUAGAAAUAGCGCAUAGAGAUAUCAAGUGUGAAAACGUUUUGUUGACUGCGAAUAAGAACGCAAAACUAUCAGACUUCGGUUUCGCCCGCAUGUGUGUCGAUAAAAAAAUGAAGGACGUACAUAGUGAAACGUUCUGUGGUUCUCUGUCUUAUACUGCACCAGAAAUCUUACAUGGCUUCCCUUAUUACCCAAAGCCGACAGAUAUAUGGUCCUUGGGUAUUGUGGUAUACGUGAUGCUUAAUAGAGCAAUGCCCUUCGAAGACAAGCACAUUAAGCAAUUGUAUCAAGCACAAAUAAGUAGCAAUUGGAGAUUUAGAUCGCGCUAUACCGAUAUCCUUUCCGAUAACUGCAAACGUUUGAUCUCUUUAAUGUUAGAGCCAAAAUACCAAAACAGAAUAAAAAUCGAACAGAUUAUAAGUAGUGAAUGGAUUGCUAUGGAUUCGAGAUUAUUAGAAUGGACACCACAAGAAACACUAGCUUACAAAAAGGCUAAAGAAGAGAGAAGUCAUCUUCAAAAGAAAUUUGAAUCAAUAGAGUUAUUAAAACUAGAGAAGGAAACUUUCUUACCUGAAAAAUCUCUAGUAAACAAUACGCUUGACGCUACAGGAUCUACAUCUUCAUGGUAUUAG